GCCGGGGCUUGGGAAAUACGACAGGCAAAGAUGUUUGUGCUGUUGAUGAUGAGCGACUGUGACGCCAUGGGAAACGCGGAGAGCCAGAGCGUGGAGCACGCUUUCUACGGAGACAAGCACGCCAGCCUGGGCCGCAAGCACACUUCCCGCUCGCUUCGCCUCUCCAAUAAAGCCUCUCGCCGGACGCGGCACGCCUCUUCCGGAAAAAUUAUCCACCGUAACUCAGAAGUGAGCACCCGCUCCAGCAGCACCCCCAGCAUCCCCCAGUCCCUGGCGGAGAACGGCCUGGAGCCCUUCGCCCAGGAGGCCAACCUAGAGGACUUUGGAAGCCCCAUCUGGGUGGACCGCGUGGACAUGGGCCUGCGGCCUGUUUCCUACCACACCGACUCCUCCGUCACCCCCAGCGUGGACAGCAGCACCGUCCUCACCGCCGCCUCCGUCCAGAGCAUGCCUGACUCGGAGGAGAGCAGGCUCUACGGGGACGAGCCGCCGUUCCUGGCGGAGGGCGACGGGAGGUCACAUCGGUACGCAGCCAACGGAACGAACUUCAUGGAGACGGCCAGCUUCAAGAAGAAGCGCUCCAAAUCGGCCGACAUCUGGCGUGAGGACAGCUUGGAGUUUUCGCUUUCUGACCUCAGCCAGGAGCAUUUAACGAGCAACGAGGAAAUCCUGGGCUUGGCCGAGGAGAAGGAUGCUGAGGCCACUCGGGGGACAGAGGCCAGCGGUAGCCCCCAGCCGCUGGUCACCUGCCAGCGCGCCAAUUCUAUGAGCGACUUGUAUUCCCCCAAAACCCCGAGCGCUACCGUCAAUGGCGGCCCACGAAAUGCCUUUGGAGGGUACGGCCGGAAUUUAGUGUCUGACAUCCCUGAUUUUGGAAGCCAUAAGAUGGCAUCGGUUACCGCUGAGGAUGCGCCUUCCUACAGUAAUUACAAUACGCUGCCCUGCAGGAAAUCGCACUGCCUUUCCGAAGGUGCCACCAACCCACAAAUUAGCCAUAGUAACAGCAUGCAAGGCAGAAGGGCGAAAACUACUCAGGAUGUCAACACAGGCGAGGGGAGCGAGUUCACCGACAGUGGGAUCGAGGGAGCAGCCACCGACACCGACCUCCUUUCUAGGCGCUCCAAUGCCACCAACUCGAGUUACUCCCCGACGGCCAGUCGGGCUUUCAUCGGCAGUGACAGCGGGAGCAGCUCAACAGGCGAUGGGCUUCGCCAGGGGGUGUACGAGAACUUCCGCCGGGAGCUGGAGAUGAGCACCACCAACAGCGAGAACCUGGAGGAGGCCGGCUCUGCCCUCAGCGACGAGCAAAGCAGUGGCACCCUCAGCUCCCCGGGGCAGUCCGACAUCCUCCUGACGGCCGCCCAGGGCACGGUGCGGAAAGCCGGUGCUUUGGCAGUGAAAAACUUCCUGGUGCACAAAAAGAACAAGAAAGUGGAGUCGGCCACCCGCAGAAAAUGGAAGCAUUACUGGGUUUCCCUGAAAGGAUGCACGUUGUUUUUUUAUGAGACUGAUGGCAGAUCUGGCAUUGACCACAACAGCAUCCCAAAGCACGCCGUCUGGGUGGAAAACAGCAUAGUGCAAGCAGUGCCUGAACACCCCAAGAAAGACUUUGUCUUCUGCCUCAGCAACUCCCUUGGGGACGCUUUCCUCUUUCAGACCUCUAGCCAGACCGAACUGGAGAACUGGAUCACUGCAAUCCAUUCAGCCUGUGCAACCGCGGUGGCAAGGCAGCAUCACAAAGAGGACACCGUCAAGCUCCUGAAGACAGAGAUAAAAAAGCUGGAGCAGAAGAUUGAUAUGGAUGAAAAGAUGAAGAAAAUGGGUGAAAUGCAGCUGUCCUCAGUAACGGACUCCAAGAAAAAGAAGACCAUACUGGAUCAAAUCUUUGUUUGGGAACAAAAUCUUGAACAGUUCCAGAUGGACCUAUUUCGGUACCGCUGUUACUUGGCAAGUCUCCAAGGAGGGGAGCUCCCAAACCCUAAAAGACUGCUUGCUUUUGCCAGCCGUCCAACAAAAGUUGCGAUGGGCCGUCUUGGAAUCUUUUCAGUCUCAUCGUUUCAUGCACUGGUGGCGGCUCGCACAGGGGAGUCCGGAGUGAGGAGAAGGACGCAGGCCAUGUCCAGAUCUGCCAGUAAACGGAGAAGCAGGUUUUCUUCUCUUUGGGGGCUGGAUACUACCUCAAAGAAAAAGCAAGGGAGGCCAAGCAUUAAUCAGGUGUUUGGUGAAGGAGUUGAUUCAGUAAAGAAAUCCCUCGAAGGAAUCUUUGACGAUACGGUCCCAGACGGCAAGAGGGAAAAAGAAGUGGCACUGAGCAGUGUCCAUCAGCACAAUCCCGACUGUGAUAUUUGGGUUCACGAGUAUUUUACGCCGUCUUGGUUCUGCCUGCCGAACAACCAGCCUGCUCUGACAGUCAUCCGUCCCGGGGACACCACACGAGAUGUGCUGGAAAUGAUUUGCAAGACACACCAGCUGGAUCACUCUGCUCACUACCUGCGUCUUAAGUUCCUGAUUGAAAACCAGAUCCAAUUUUAUGUGCCAAAGCCAGAAGAGGAUAUCUAUGAACUGCUGUACAAAGAAAUAGAAAUCUGUCAGAAAAUUACACAGCACAUUCAAAUAGAGAAGUCUGAUGCAUCCUCUGAUAUUUAUGGUUUCUCUCUGUCCUCUGUGGAAGAAGAAGGGAUUCGUCGGCUCUAUGUGAACGGCGUCAAAGAGACAGGCCUAGCUUUCAAGAAAGGCCUGAAAGCUGGCGAUGAAAUUGUGGAGAUUAACAAGAAAGCUGCUGAGGAUCUGGACUCAGCUUUGCUGAAAGAUGCCCUUGUUCAGCCUUCGCUGUGUCUCACUGUGCGCACCUAUCCUGAGAUAGAGGAAGGGCAGAAGCUAAUGCAGCUACCACCACGUCGCUUGGAAAACCCAGCUGACUUGAGUGACAGUGCACUGGCAUUUGCUGGGAGCAACCAAGCAGGGCACUCGCUUUGCGGCGACCCGGACAGCUCUGUUGAGACAGCUCCAGAGGAGGCAGAAGCGCAAGACUUGGAGUCAUCCGAUGAGGCCGAUAAGAUGAGCAAGAGUACAGAGCAGGUCGCUGCUUUCUGUCGCAGUCUGCAUGAAAUGAACCCUUCUGAUUCAAGUGCUCAUCCUCAGGAAUUUACAGGACCCCAGCUGGCCACCAUGAGACAACUCACAGAUGCAGAUAAACUGCGAAAGGUUAUCUGUGAACUUCUCGAGACAGAACACACCUAUGUCAAAGACUUAAAUUGUCUAAUGGAGAGAUACCUGAAGCCUCUACAAAAAGAAACAUUCCUCACACCAGAUGAGCUGGAUGUUCUCUUUGGGAAUCUGACUGAAAUGGUAGCAUUCCAGGUAGAGUUCCUGAAAACUCUCGAAGAUGGAGUAAGGCUGGUUCCAGACCUGGAAAAACUUGAAAAAGUUGAGCAAUUUAAGAAAGUGUUGUUUUCCUUGGGUGGAUCCUUUCUUUACUACGCUGACCGGUUCAAGCUGUACAGUGCCUUCUGUGCCAGCCACACAAAAGUCCCCAAAGUACUGGUGAAAGCCAAGACAGACACUGCUUUCAAGGCAUUUCUGGAUGCUCAGAAUCCCCGACGGCAGCACUCCUCUACUCUGGAGUCUUACCUCAUUAAACCCAUCCAGCGGAUACUGAAAUACCCCCUCCNGCUGAAGGAACUCUUUGCUCUGACUGACGCAGACAGUGAAGAACAUUAUCACCUUGAUGUGGCCAUAAAAACAAUGAACAAAGUUGCCAGCCACAUUAAUGAAAUGCAGAAAAUCCACGAAGAAUAUGGGGCGGUGUUUGACCAACUCAUAGCAGAACAAACAGGGGAGAAAAAAGAGGUUGCAGACCUUUCGAUGGGGGACUUGCUCUUGCAUAAUACAGUGAUAUGGCUAAAUCCUCCUGCUUCACUGGGGAAAUGGAAGAAGGAACCCGAGCUGGCAGCAUUUGUGUUCAAAACUGCUGUGGUCCUUGUAUACAAGGAUGGUUCCAAACAGAAGAAGAAACUCGGAGGAUCACAUAGAGCUUCAAUUUAUGAAGAUUGGGAUCCGUUCCGCUUUCGCCACAUGAUACCUUUAGAAGCGCUGCAGGUUCGAGCGUUGGCAAGUGCAGAUGCAGAGACCAAUUCUGUAUGUGAGAUUGUCCAUGUUAAAUCUGAGUCUGAAGGCAGGCCAGAAAGAACGUUUCACCUUUGCUGUAGUUCACCAGAACACAGGAAGGACUUUCUGAAGGCAGUGCACUCGAUUCUGCGGGAUAAACACAGAAGGCAGCUUCUUAAAACCGAAAGUUUGCCCUCAUCCCAGCAAUAUGUUCCUUUUGGUGGAAAAAGAUUGUGUGCUCUAAAAGGUGCAAGGCCAGCCAUGAACAGGGCAGGUACUGUAGGGCUACAGACUUUCAAGAUCCCAGUAACCCCAGCACCGUUGUAGGACAUGUGGUGGUGUCUGUCACUUGUAUAUUAGGAUUAGCAUUCUCUCCUGUAUAUGUAAAAACCGCUGGUUUUCCAUGCUUCACCUCCCUGAGAGCCUUAAAUUGCCUCUAUUUACCUUGCUUUGCACUCAAGGUUCAGCUUCAGAACCAUCCUUCUGGCAUGGAAGGAAGAAAUGGGAUUCCUGUCAGUACCAAUUGGCUGUGCACUUUAAUCUGGAAAUGGGUUUCAGCUGAACGAAGCAGAAGCCUGCUGCAUAUUUCUUAAAAGGAUGUACAGAAUUUUGAGCUAACCCUAGCACUUUUAAACUAAAAUGCACAAGAAAAAUCAGGUCCCCCAAGUGAGUGGCUUGGUUUGAAGAGAUAGCUUCGUAUGUCCUCCAUUUUAGCCUUUUCAGCUCUGUUGCUAAAGGGCAUGUGCUUCUACUUCUCACAUUUUGAGAGGCAUGCACUUGAUACUACUAUUUUGUAAUGGCCUGUCCUAAACAGUGGAUUUUCCUUUUCAGUUGACUUCAGGCAAAAGCAAUGAGCAAAUUCCAGGGAAAAGUAGGUUUUCAUUUUCAGAACACUAGAUGAUGGAGGGAAGAAACAUUUGCUUCCAACUGAAAAGUACACGGCACCGCUGCGUGUUUUGUUCUGGUCUGUUAUUUAUUGUUUUUUUUUCUGCUCAUUAGAUCCAGCAACGUAGACAACCAGGCUUUAUGUUCCUCUUCUCUAAUGGGCAGGCCAGACCAAUAACAUUCGCAGCAUGACUUCUCACUUGGGGUGUUGCUAAGCCAUCUGCCUCAGAGACACUUAAAUCGUAAGGAAGAGUCAAAGUAGGGCCAAAGUGCAGCUGGUCUACCACAGCGCUUCUUCAAUCAGCCUGGGGGGCUAAUCUGCUGUAGAUGCCGAACAUUCUUUCUGUUUGGCUCAUUGGUGCAUUUGCAUGAUGAAUUCGGCAGAGAUUAAAAUCUCCUCUUAGAGUCCAGACCUCUCACUACAUCUAAAAAUUGCAACUGCAGAGCUGUUGUACUUCAUGCAUGUUUUGAGGCUCAGGGAUAUUAAAAUGUAAUCCUCUCCCCCAAGCUGCUAGAGUUUAAUAAAUACAUACUGGAAGUGCUAAGGUGCUGGUUAGUGGAGGGGGACAAACUGUAACCUCAGAGUUCACCUGCUUACGACGGAACUACGUGUGUGUGCACAUAAGUGCUGGAAUGCCUGCAGGUCCCUCGGCUGCAGGAUUCGUCCCCUGCUUUGCCUCCCAAGCCUCUCGUGAAGAUGUUCCAACACAGAUGUGAAUUUGCUAAUUGGGCCAGUUGCAAAAGCUAGUAGACCAGCUGAUAAUGAGUAAGGAACUUCUGAAAGUAUUUCUGGUUUGGGGGUUUUCUUCCUCUCCUCCCCCCACUCCAGUAGGGAGGGAGCGGGGAAGGGAGUAGCAGAUCCUAGACCAGGGAACUUACUUCUCCAUAAAUAACGCAACAAUUGCAGCAUCUUCAGCACUGAGGUAGCUACUUGGAAGCCUAUAGUGUUGCUCUGACCCCAGACAAAGCCAUUUCCCGUACCGAGGCUUAAGGCUAGCUGGUUUAUCACGGUGUGCUGACAGCAGGGCACCGCCUGUGAGAAGCUGAGCUGAACAGAUGCACUUUGUGCUGGCUGGCUGCCUGCCUACCGCUUAGGAGGAACAGUAAUUGUGGGCCAUUAUCCCAACUGUGGAUCUGAGUAGCAGAAACUCCUUUUUCAGCUGGAGCUAGACCUGUGCUGAGGAGCUGAGUGAAGUGUGACUUGCCUGCGGGGAGGAUGCCGAAUGACUAGGUCAUUCGUGGGAGUCUGCCUGCUUUGUGCCUGGCGGUGUUAAAUAAAGGGCCCCUGGAAGACUAACUUUUUAAAGAGAGUUGUACCGUGUGUAAAAAGCCUGUGGGGUUUUAUCUUUGUGUGUGUGCAGUGUCAGCCCCAAGCAAGUCUCUUGGGAGGAGGAGGCGGCGGCUGGCCCGAAACAGGUUUACCAUUGACUCAGAUGCCGUCUACACGA